AUGGUCAACAAUCACGACUCAGGCGCCGCCGCCGGCCUGGCGGGAGAUGAGAUUAGUCCUUACCGCAUCCAUGUUUCCAGCAAGUAUCUCGAUCUCACAAAGCAAAAACUGGAGCUCACGAGACUGCCGCAUGAGCCUUCGGAACCCAACAAGUCUCGGGACUGGUGGGAGCCAAAGUCUCGAAUCGAACCGCUCAUUGACUUUUGGCUUGAAAAGUACGACUGGCGAGAACAAGAGACGGCCUUCAACCAUCAACUACCCCAGUUCCGUACAGCCAUAACCCCGCCGGGCUCAACGUCGCCCGUCCGUCUUCACUUCAUCCACGUCAGAUCAUCUCACAGCCACGCCAUCCCCCUUCUCUUGAUACCCCCUUUCCCCUUCACAAACCUAUCCCUCGGACACCUCACCCAGCCCCUCGCGGAGCCCGAAUCUAUCGAAGAGCAACAGCCCUUCCACGUGGUCAUCCCCUCUCUGCCCGGCCUCGGCUUCAGCGAUGCUCUCCCAAGCGACGACGCGUCCGUCAUCCCGACGACGACGGAACUCCUCAACACGUUGAUGUCGCGGCUCUCGUAUACGCACUACCUGGUCUCCAACACCGCCUCAGCCGCCUCCAGCCCCGCGCAAAUCGACUGGAAGCUCGCGAACCACCUGGCGAGCCACCAUGCGAACAGCUGCCUGGGCGCCCACUUCAUCAACCCGUCGCUCGCGGCACCGACCCUGAAGGAGGCGCCCCUCGAGUGGGUGAAGUGGUCCCUUGCCAAAUUCUUCCGCGCGCCCAUCCUAGGCUACCAGAACGAGGAUCUCCGUUCCCUGGACGAGACGCAAGCGAGGCAAAAGUCAGUCGCGAGGAGGUCCCCUUCAUUCCAAGCCGGGCCCGGGGCCCUGCUGGAGCCAAACACGACGUCUUUCGCGCUCUGCGACUCCCCCGUGGGCCUCCUCGCCCUCGUCCUCAAAGUCAUCCGCAUCCUCGGGGCGAAAAAGGACUUCUCGGCCGCCGAGAUCAUCACCUUUACCCAGACGGCCUGGCUCCCCGGCCCAGAAGCCGCGAUGCGACUCUGGGCGCGCUGUCUGACGGACCAAGAAACCCUGCUCCCUAAGCCGUCUAAGAAACCAUACGUGGCAAUCACAGUCUUUUCGGGAACCGGAGAGUCUGGAGGAGGAGGAGGAGGAGAAGAAGGAAGAGGAGACGCGAGCGGCCCCCCUGACCCAGAAGCACAGGCACAGGUCCGGGACGUCUUGCCUCGGCCGGCCCCGAAUCCGUACGUAUGUCCCGCCUGGGCCAACGUCUCGUACAACGCGGUACACGUGCGCCGCGUACCGGGGACACCGGGUCUCGUAGCCUGGGACCGCCCCGAGCUCAUCGGCCAAGGCGUGAGGGGCCUGGCGAAGAAGCUGCUCUCCUUCGACGCCAGAGUCAAAGACAUUGUCGCCCGGCAGCAGCGACCGAGCACAGCGCCUCUGCAAGGCGUCGUCGUCGUUCAAUCCGACUCGUCGGCGCCGGCGCCGGGCCCGAGCGGGGGCCAAGGGGCGGCGGGAGCGGGAGCGGGAGCGGGGACCGUGCCGCCUUCUACUCCGCAAGUCGAGCCGACGUGGCGACUGAGCCAGAUUCGCGAGGCGUCUGAGACGCCCAAGAAGUCAUCGCAGCAGGAUGGCGACGCGGGACUGAUGCUGUCGCCGCCGGACGCCGAUUUCGACGGGGCGAGUCCGGAUACCAUUGUGGUCACUCCUCCCGUGAAUAUGCGGUAG